UCUCGUUUUAUGCUCAAGCUUUUUUGGUUAUGGUUUUGUAGCUGCAGAGAAUAAUUCGUUUGUAUUUAGCUUUUUCUUGGCAAUGAGAAUGGAAAGGAGUCAGAAAACAUCUCAACGAUUUUCCAAAGAUCAAAAGGGAACAUCACCAUCUGAAAAUGUGUUUCUCAAAGAAAAAAAUACCGAACUGUCCAAAGCACUGGCGGAAACACAAACGUUAUACAAGCGCACCACCGACGAAAGAAACUACCUUCAGCAGGAGCUGUUUAGCGCAACACUCCGUAUAAAAAAAUUGGAGAAUUACAUUAAGAAAAUCGACGCAUCCGCGCGAGACAGCCUCACGUAUAUAGUUACACUAUCGAAUCACUGUACGGAAAUUCUGAACAGCGUUAAUUGUGCUAAACGAAUCGCAAAUAUGGAUCUGUCGCUUACGAACUUCAAUCAAACCAGAAACAAGUCCAUGUCGCAUUCUGUCAAUAAAACGCAGGCCGUUAAACCGAUGAUCGACGGGCACGUCAUUUAUAGUCCCACGAUUAAUUUGAGAAGAGUGAACGAGAAUACCUUCGCCGAAGUGUGUACGCGUCGGACGGCCAGUACUAUGCAGGCUGUCCAAAACGAUUACAGCGACGAUGAUAGUCGAGACCACGAUGGAGAUAUGCAAGUGAACGAUUCGUUCGAGAGACGAACGCGCACGAAUAGGCAGACAUACGGGCAGAAUCCCGAACAGCAGUCGCACGUCGAAGCAAGCAAUGAGGGUACGGACGAAAAUUCGGAAGGAUCCGUAGAUUCGGAGGACGUCCAAUUAAAUAUUGACAUGCGAUUGAGUUCGAUCGAGGAGGAGGAAAUAGACAGCUUGGCCUUGUCGAGCAGACGGCACUCUCUGGCGAAUAGCGGCAGAUCGCACGGAACCGGUCAAAUACCUCUACUGUCGGGCGUCUUUCGUGACGUGAGAGUUUUUCUGUCCCCAGUGGAUCCCCUUUCGAAGAUCACGACGAUACGAGGUUCCAGUAAGUCGAACAAAUACAAACCGUCGGAUAUACAACACAGUAAGGCAUCCGAGGCCGGUCCCUCUACGGAGAGUAUCGAUUUAAACGAUGAAAGACAGCAGGAGAAUAUCGAACCGAACAGUUUAGUGACCGUGUUUCCGAAGGGUUCGUGUACCAGCACCCCCAUUAGCAGCUUUAUAUAUAGCCAAAGUACUUCUACGCUAAAUGCCGCGAAUACCAGUGCCGAAAAUCAGAGCGCCAUUUCGCGUAAGAAGAAGGGGAGAAGAACCGUGGACCGUUCUAAUCCAAAAAAACUGCACUUUGGUGCGUCGCCUUCCAAAGCUGGUAACAGAUCGGCCAGUGACGAUCCUCUGGAGGGACCUAGCAAUUUACUUGACACUUAUGAUUACAAUAAACUACACACAAUGUCACAAUUGGGACUUUCUCCAAUUUCAGCAUUAAACGUAUCAUCUCUUCCGACAGAUGCCACACCGUCGGAGAGUCCAGCCGCACCUAUGUCUAAAAAGGGCAUAUUGAAAAAGCAAUCGAAUGAGUUCGUUACCAACAGAAAAUCGGAAAGGAAGAGGAACACGGUGGUGUCGUCUAAGGUGUCGAAAAAGGCGCUAAAUUCACCGCCGGAGAAAAAUUCGUUUCAAAACGCAAUAAACGUUUCGUUGAGAAGACGGAAGCAGGUGACCUUACUGUCCCCGCCCAAAAGUAGCGAUUCAACGGCCAAGUCUUCACAAUCACAUUCGGCCAGUCUAUCUAAACGAUCGCGGCCUAAGCGAGCGGCUUCUAAAGUAAAUUUGAAGGAACCAUCAUUAGUAAAGAAGUUGAGGAGAUCAAAGUGACCUACUUUCUAGGUGUAGUUUAA